AUGGCGGCAACAUUUCCUCACAAUGAGACCAAAGAUUUCAACGCCCCUAUACUCUACGGCGACGGCGAGAUUGAGGAUGCUAGACUUCUCACUCCUUGCUCUCCCGACACCCCUAUCGUGGAACUGAGACGGCGAUACUGGCAUGGCGGUAUAAUCUGGGUAAAGGGCCUCCUCGACCCCGACCUCGUCAACGACUUUCGCGCUGCAUACCUCUCAAUGACGAACGUCGGCACAGAAAUACUAAAAAUCGGCACCGAUCCCCGCGACGGCAUCUUCAAUCCAGACACGGACUGGCGUGAGUUCACCCUCCCCGGUGCUCUCCGCAUCGCAGCCGGCCUCCCAGACACGGGGCCAUUCGUCGAGAACGCCAUCCGAUCACACCAUUGGAGUCCAUAUCAAGAGUUUAAGGACGCUGUGGGGAGACGCAUCGAACCAUUUAUUGGGAAUAUUUUCCUGAGGGCUGGGCCGCCUACGAGUGUCACGGCUUGGGUUCCCAUCGGGGAUGUUGAAGUCGAGGGCGGCGGACUUAUCUAUCUUGAUCGCGCACAUGACAUUGGCGUCAAGUACGAGGACGACUUUUCCAAGAUGAACGCCAGCUUGUCUGAUGAGGAGAGGAUGUCGGCGUUUAAUAAGACCAUGGAAAAGGGAGGAUGA